GUCAGUGAUCUGGUGAAGCUGGCAAGUAGCAUUUAUUGGACCAAGUAAAUAGCAGCUGCAAUCUCUAUUUAAACCACAACCCAGUGUCUGACCAAUGCACCAAGGGGUAGUGUGAGCUCUCACCAAUGGCUUUCAAAGCUCUGCUGCUGUUACUAUUGGCCACUUUUCUGCUCGUCUCAACAACAGUUGCUUCCAAUGAAGUGGGAGAGAAGACUGAGAUUAAGUAUGCUGCUCCUGUUCCAGUGAAGGCACCUAUUCCUGCUCCACCCGUUAAGUCUCCCACCACUCCGGCACCGCCGUACAAGGCCCCAACUCCAGCACCCCCAACCAAGGCCCCCACUCCACCAUAUAAACCCCCAACCAAGGCCCCCACUCCACCAUAUAAACCACCAACCAAGGCCCCCACUCCACCAUAUAAACCACCAGCUCCUGCGCCACCAACCAAGGCUCCUACUCCACCAUAUAAGCCCCCAGCACCAGCACCACCAACCAAGGCUCCUACUCCCCCAUAUAAACCCCCUACUCCCGCACCGGCACCUCCAGUCAAGGCCCCUACACCCCCAUAUAAGCCCCCAACACCUGCUCCAGCACCCCCAACUAAAGCACCAACUCCCCCAUAUAAGCCCCCAGUUCCUACACCUCCAGUUAAGCCACCAACAACUCCAGCACCGCCUUACAAGCCACCAAGUCCACCAUUGCCGCCUGUUAGGACAAAAAAGGAUUGCAUCCCAUUAUGUGGACAAAGGUGCAAAUUACACUCGAGGACUAACCUAUGCUUGAGAGCUUGCAUGACAUGCUGUGACAGAUGCAAAUGUGUCCCACCAGGGACAUAUGGCAACAGAGAAAUGUGUGGCAAAUGUUACACUGAUAUGAGAACCCACCGCAACAAGCACAAAUGUCCUUGAAAAACCCAACCAAAGCCCCCAAAAAACGACACUUCUUGAGUAUGUGUUUUUCAUAUUGUAAUAGCUGAAAAGCUUGCAGUAAUAAGUUCUGUGAGAAGAGAGGAAAUGGAUGGAUUUCUUGUAGUGUCUUCGUUUGUAAUCCUAGAAGCUAUGAACUUGUCAAAUAGUUUUAAUUAAACAUAUAACUGAAGAUAAAUAAGUAGUAUAUAUUAAGUUCCCUUUUGUUCUCGUUAAUGAAAUUUUAUGUUCUAAGCAGAAUGUAAGCCUAAUAUAUGUUUACAUUUAAACAUUGAGAAAUAAAUAAUAAAUCUGAGUAGCAUAAA